GAGAAGACUCUCUGUGAUGGCCGUUUCCGUUCUCCGAUGAUCAUUCAGAUCUGCUCCAGGUCUAAAUUUUUUGCUUUCAUCUUCCUUAUCCAAACUCGUAGCUCCUUUCUUCUUCAUUAUCUUCCUUAUUUCAACAUAUCAGAAUCAAUUCCCUUUUGUUUUCGGCUACGAUCUCAAUUCAUGGCAUCGCUACCGUAGGAGCCUACUUUGAUCUACUGUAUGAAGGUCGAGGUGGAUUUUCAGAUCCAACGGAUAUCGGGGGUUUUAUGGAUCUGAUUACGGGAUGCGAUCUCUUAAUAGCAUCUCAAGAUUUUGACUCCUGGUGGUCUAGGAGACGAUAAGGGGUUUGCAGAGAUCCGGGAGCUGUCAUAAGGGAACUUAUGUCCAAUUCCAAAGAUGUGUAUACAGAAAAGGUUCUGUUGAAAGACAGCCUUUGAGGAAUGCAAGCAAGGAUCACUGGAGAUUGCUCCAAGGAUUCCAGCUCAACCACAUCCAUUUGGGGAACAUGUACAGAUGAAUGAACCGGUUGAAAGUUGGAAUGGACCACCCAAGAUAGAACUGAGUUACCUGGCCCUAUCACUGCCAUGAAGAGGUCUUGGUCAUUGGCAAAGAUUUGAAAAUGGUUGACAUAUGCGAACGGCCUUGACAAUAAGUCGAGAAAUUCCAAUUCUCUUCUGAAGUUAGGGGCGCGACCUGGUGCAAUGUAAAGUAUGUUUGUUCUAAGAGCAGAUUUUAGGUAUCAAGAAUGAAGUUUAUUCCGGACAUUUUCUGUUGAUUUUGAUAGGAAUGGUAGGUAUUAGGAUUUAAAAGGUAUUGGCUGACUUUGCUUGUGUGCAAAUCUGAACAGACAAGGCAAGAUUGAAGCGGUGAUAGGAAAAAGGAGCUUGGUGCUAGGGUAUGUAUUGCAUGAUGGCCCUUGGGGUGUGGGAAUAGAAUAGAUAGUAAGGGAUGGUGGAGAGAGAAGCAGGAGAAAGAAAAUCAGGCAGCAAACGUUGCCAGGAUUCCUUAGAUUAGUGUUUACAGGUGAUAAUUUCUUCCUUGUUCUUUUUUUUUUUUUUCUAUGGUAAGUUUCUGUAUUCUCACUCUCACAGAAACUCAGUGCCCUUUUUCUGGCAUGAAGGAGAUGAAUAGCGAAGGGUUGCUCGGUGACAAAAAAAAAGGACCAGGAGUGGGUUUCUGAUUUUGAGAUUUGCUAAGUAAAAAUCUGCUCUCCUUUGUUACGUUUCUUUUCCCUAAUUUUCUUCAUCGUUAGUUGAUGGAAUGGUGAGGAAAAAAGACAUGGUUAGCUUGUGACUAAGCAUAUGCAUUGGAUUAAUUCCACAUAUUUGAAAAUUUUGCAAAGUUAGGCAGAUUAUGAUAGUAAAUGAUUGAACAAAAAUGGUGUGUGCAAAGUGUAUUAAUUAAUGGAGACUUUUUUUUCUUAAUCUUUUUGUUUUGGGUGAUGUGUUGGGUGUUGUCCAGGUGGUUUUCAUUUGCCAGUUUUUUUAAUUUAAAGGUAGCAGACUGUCCUCUUUAAUUUAAAGGUAGCUGACUGUCAUCCUUUUAACUCAUGGCAUUCUGUCCUUUUUUUUUUUUUAACUCAUGGCAUUUUACUACAUGCAAAUACAGUGAGAUUGUUGAACAAUUUCAUUUUACUGCAUGGGAUUGUUCUCAGACUCAUGAGGUACAACUCACCUGCCUAUUUUCAUUUGAACAAUUUGAAUGUUCUGAGCAUGAGACAUUUUUCUACGUGAAAAAUAUAUUUAGAGGCAGCUA